GUUUUUGUUCGUCGCUUUCAAAAGUUUCUAUAUUCAAAAUGGCAUCAGGUGUACCUCGAGAAAUAGCGCUAGACGAUCCCUGGCGUGAGACCUAUGAUCCGUAUGAAGACUUUGCAGAAAAGAGAGAAAUGAUCCGGCUCAUCCGCCCCCAUCCUGUUGUCGUCGAAGUCGGCAAGAAACCAACAUUGGACAUGGAGGACCAGUGGAGGUCGGAAGUAGUCAGUAAAAUGAUGAGCGUGGACUUCCCAGGUCUGCUUGGCUUGCUUGGCUACCAGAACGACUUUGUCGAGUUCCAGAACUUGGAAGGCUCUAAACUAUCUGGGCUCGCCGAAAAGAUUCAGACCAAGGAGGUUCUCAAGGAGGUUCAGUUCAUCCGUGAAACAGGCACCAGACGCGAGCUUGUGCGCUUCAUCGACAACUACUUCCACUUGCUCAUUGACGAGAUUGCUCCCGAGGACAGGGCGUACCAUGACAUCAUCAAUCACGACUGGCGUCCCAUCGUCGACACUGACCUGAUGCCUGGUCUCAUUGUCAGCUAUGCUGAGAAAGGGUUCAAUGAUGAUCGAGGUCGCCUUCGAGUAAUCCUGGCACAUAUAUUUAUGCCAGUGGUUAUUUCAGGACACGGAUUAGUCACUGACGCCAGCAAGGACAAGGACAUGGCAAAGAUGUGCGCCUGUGUGCGUGCGCGUACGUUUAUCCCAGCGCUGUACAUCGAUGACGACUUCAAUGCGACGUUUUAUGUCUUUGCCCGUGGCAGAGUCCUGACUGCCAGACACAUUUGGCUUGCUUUUCCACCUUGGACUGAUGGAAAAAAGGACAUCAAGUUCAUUCACCCGAGCCAAGGUGAAGAGGGGUCUUCCCUUGCAGCUCUUUAUGCGCAGCCGGUGAAUAUCGUUGGUUGGCUGUUUGGCCCUGGUGAUGGAGAGUAUAUCUACCUGGACUUUCCACUUAAGAUUCCUGACGAUAUCACCCUCUUUGGGCAUCUGAACUCAUUGAAACUAACACUGUUUUCCUGGUAUCCCACAUCUAGCCGCACCUGGGGCAACGUCGACGGUAUUCUGCAAACCCAAACCCUCUGGUACCGUGGCAUCAUUGUGGCAGACUUGUUCGGCUAUCGUCUCGAGUACGUCAUCUUUGACUACAAAGGCGAGCCUACAGAUGAUCUUGUGAACGAGCUCCUUUGGCUAAGAGACGGUCGUGCAUGGGUUACGUCUUCUCUCGACCAGCCUGAAAGUCAAAGACCUUGGGAUAAACGCGCCGACAACCAUCCAGCUCGGUUUUCUAACAGGUUCCUCAGAAAGCGCAGGCUGUCUAGCCGCUCUGAUACUAGCGCUUCUUCUACUGAGCAGCAUGCCCCCCAGCACAAGGUGCCCAGGCACCACUAGUCUUCCAUCUAUCCACUUUACUUUUUUUUUUUCUUGUUUCUUUCAAAUAGCAG